UGAGAGAGAGAAAGAAAUCUCUGGCCAAGAGAUUUCAAGGUUGCAUCUGAUGGGGCCAAGCUGUCCUGCGGAAUGUACACGAAAACUGAGACCUUCCUUCGUUUCACUGCCCGGCAUGUUCUUUACACACAACCCAAAUAGCCCGUGGCCUGUCCUUACCUUGCACAUGCCCUUGCUCAGCAGCGUCUACCCACCACCACCUCCUGUAUAUAUACCCCAAUCCAGGCACCAUUUCCUGCACCAACCCCCCUCUCUCUGAAUCUCUUCUCUCUGCAGAGAUUUCUCUUUAUCUCUAUACGGCUCCUUUGAUCUCCUUGCUUUGCUUCUGCACCGCUCUGUGGAUACAUACUCCUGUUCUUCUGUUUUUAGCACCACCAACAUCUUUAUUCUCUCGAUAUGGCCGUGAAGAAAGGAGUGAAGCAGAUCCUGAAGAGGUGUUCCAGCCUGGGGAAGAAGAACACCGGGGAAGAGUCCGGGGAGCUCCCGGGGGACGUGCCCAAGGGACACUUUGCUGUGUACGUUGGGGAGAAGCGCAGCAGAUUCAUAGUGCCAAUCUCGCUUCUUAGCCACCCCGAGUUUCAGAGCCUUCUGGACAUGGCGGAGGAAGAGUUUGGCUUCCACCACGACAUGGGCUUGACGAUUCCUUGCGAGGAGAUGGUCUUCAGAUCCUUAACUUCUGCAUUGAGAUGAAGUCCGGGGAUUGAUGCCGCCUUCUCCAUUUUUCCUGGUGGGAACAACAAAGAAUUUCUUCUCUUAUUUUUCCUUUUUGGUUUCUAUAUAUAACCAGCAACCGAUGGAAUACUUCUGGGUUGAUUCUGUAAAUUUUUUUCUAGUGCUAAAUGAGAGAAUGUAUAGCAUUCAUGGACGUUGAAGUCUCUUUAAUUUCUUCUUCCACCA